AUGAAUUGCAAAGGAAAUGUCAUUGUCAAACUUGGGCAAGAUGCAGCACCUCUCCCCUCCCCUGCCCUGGCAGGCCUGGGAGGGGGUGUGGACCUUGGGCAUCAUGGGUUUUGCAAAGGUCGGGCUCCAAGAACUUCCAAACUACAGAAACCUAGGCCAUUAAAACAGGAAACUCUAGAUGGCUCCAGGAAUGGAACUUCUUUUUGUGGUGGCUUAUAUCUACUUAAUGAUCCUGACCUCCUAAUAAGUCCCAAUCUGUCAUUACCACAGAGUAACAAGACAGUAGAGAAAAGACUCCAUGAAGUGACAGUAACAAAAGACAAAUUUGGUUGUGUGUUUCAACGGAGUAUAUCCACUGAACCAAUACAAGGAUAUACACCUCCAACAGUGAAAGUCAGCGAGCCCAAAUCUGCAGAUUGUGCCACAGAAUUCAAUCCCUGUUUAUUUGGAAACAUGAAAGAAAAAAAAUACCAUUCCUUAACUGAUGUACUAUAUAUAAUGAAUGAUCUUCUCCCAAAGUUAGCAAACCCUCCAGACAAAUUAAAUUGCAAGUUAUCAAGACAAAAACUGCUGAAUCUCUCAACAUCACCUUCAUCCCGGCAACCUCCCAAAGAUUAUUCAAGAUUGAAAUCAAAUUUCCCAGACUUAUUUUCAUCACAAGAUUGUGUGUCAUAUGUAGAUCCCUCCAGACAAGAAGAAUGGCUUGAACAGAUUCGAGAAGACCAAGCAAGAGGACUUUGCAUCUUUGUUUCUUCCUCUACAUCCCGCAGACAGCGGUCUCGUUGCAGCUCGGAAUUUGUGAUAUAUGGUAGCCAAAAGUCAAGAACAUGA